CUUAUUUUAUGGUUAUUAAAUAGUAUCUCAUAGUAACAUUCCAAUAGAAUUUUGGUUAUUUUCUUCAAGUCUUCUGGCAACUCUGUCUCACUAAGCUUUGUCUCUUUGGCCUCCGGUUGGUCUCUGGGCGCUGGUCUACAGAAAUUCAGUCGUGUGCUAGCGACCAAUCGUGAAGGUAGUCUUUUCCUUCUCCAGUACGGUUGUGUUCUAUAGAGAUAGCAAAAGCCACGUGGAAAUUUGAAAAAGUUGCAAGAAAUCGUAUUUCCGCUGCAUUUUGUUUACAAUACAAACAGACAGAACUUUCAGCUCUUGUCUAAGCAACAAUAACAACAAAAACAACAACAACAAUGAAGUCACCAAACUGCUAUUUAGUGCUGGAAGACAACACCAUAUUGCCCGGACAUGCCUUUGGUGCCCGAGCGCCCGUUGAUGGUGAAGUUGUCUUCCAAACCGGCAUGGUUGGUUAUCCCGAAUCGAUGACGGAUCGUUCAUAUCGUGCACAAAUAUUAGUACUAACCUAUCCGUUGAUCGGCAAUUAUGGUGUACCGGAUGAGAAAGAGUUGGAUGUGCAUGGGCUGCCGGUGAAUUUCGAAUGGUUCGAGGGCAUAACGCUGGCUGCCUUGGUGGUGGGUGAAGUGUGUGAAACUCCUUCACAUUGGCGUGCCAAACAGACACUCUCCUCCUGGAUGGAGGGUCACGGGGUGCCGGGCAUUAGUGGCAUAGAUACGCGUGCGCUUACAAAGAAGAUACGUGAAAAUGGUUCCAUAUUGGGACGUAUAGUCUACGAGGAGCCAGAGGUUUUAGGCGGUUUUACCUUCGCCGAUCCGAACUUGAGAAAUUUGGUGGCAGAGUGCUCCGUAACGGAACCACGCGUUUUUAAUGCCACCGGCACACCACGUAUUUGCGCCAUCGAUUGUGGUUUGAAGUUAAAUCAAAUUAAGUGCUUCGUGUCACGAGGCGCACGCGUCGAUUUGGUACCGUGGAAUUAUACUCUAAAGGAGGAAGAGUUUGAUGGGCUCUUCAUUAGUAAUGGACCAGGUGAUCCAGUCGUGUGCAAGGAGACAGUUGUGCAGAUACAAAAGGUUUUGAAAACUGGCAAGAAGCCUGUCUUUGGUAUUUGUCUGGGUCAUCAGUUGCUCGCCACCGCGAUUGGUUGUAAGACGUACAAAAUGAAAUAUGGCAACCGUGGCCACAAUCUGCCUUGCGUACACAAUGGCACUGGACGUUGUUUCAUGACCUCGCAGAAUCAUGGUUUCGCAGUGGAUAGUAACACUUUGCCGGCUGAGUGGGAGCCACUCUUCACCAACGCCAACGAUCAUACAAAUGAAGGCAUCAUACACACCAGCAAACCAUACUUCUCAGUGCAAUUCCAUCCUGAACAUACCGCCGGUCCUGAAGACUUGGAGUUACUCUUCGACAUCUUUCUCGAAGCGGUCAAGCAAACGGCCGGCGGCUUGAGCUUACGUCAGAAUUUGAUCAAACGUCUUACGUAUGUGCCCAAAGCGGACACAAUACCCGAUAAGCGUCCACGGAAAGUGCUAAUUUUGGGUUCAGGCGGUCUCUCAAUCGGUCAAGCAGGUGAAUUCGAUUAUUCCGGCGCGCAGGCCAUCAAAGCAAUGAAAGAGGAGAAAAUACAAACAGUUUUGAUCAACCCAAAUAUUGCCACCGUACAAACCUCUAAGGGUUUGGCCGACAAGUGUUACUUCCUGCCCCUAACACCGGAUUAUGUGGAGCAGGUUAUACAAGCUGAGCGCCCCACUGGCGUACUGCUCACAUUCGGCGGUCAAACCGCGCUCAAUUGUGGCGUUGAGUUGGAGCGUGCAGGGGUCUUUGAGCGGUAUAACGUACAAAUUUUGGGCACUCCUAUACAAUCGAUCAUCGAAACUGAGGACCGUAAGAUUUUCGCAGACCGCGUUGCCGAAAUCGGUGAAUGUGUAGCGCCCUCGGAAGCUGUAUACUCUGUGGAAGAAGCCCUAGGGGCAGCUAAGCGUUUGGGUUAUCCCGUUAUGGCACGUGCGGCAUUCUCCUUGGGUGGUUUGGGUUCAGGUUUCGCCGAUAACGAACGCGAAUUGGAAAUACUGGCGCAUCAAGCUUUGGCGCACUCGAGCCAAUUGAUUAUUGAUAAGUCCCUUAAAGGCUGGAAAGAGGUUGAGUAUGAGGUGGUGCGUGAUGCCUACGAUAACUGCAUAACGGUUUGCAAUAUGGAAAAUCUCGAUCCUUUGGGCAUACACACGGGCGAGAGUAUUGUCGUUGCGCCAUCUCAGACGCUCUCCAACAGAGAGUACAAUAUGUUGCGUAGCACUGCCCUAAAAGUGAUACGACACUUCGGUGUGGUCGGCGAGUGUAAUAUACAAUAUGCAUUAAAUCCACAUUCCGAAGAGUACUACAUAAUUGAGGUGAAUGCGCGUCUCUCACGCAGCUCUGCUUUGGCUAGUAAGGCGACUGGCUAUCCCUUAGCAUACGUCGCAGCCAAGUUGGCUUUGGGUGUCUCGCUGCCCUCGAUUAAGAAUUCAGUUACUGGUGUGACUACUGCAUGCUUCGAGCCCAGCCUGGAUUAUUGUGUGGUCAAGAUACCUCGUUGGGAUUUGGCGAAGUUCAUACGCGUCAGCAAGAAUAUCGGCAGCUCAAUGAAGAGUGUGGGUGAGGUAAUGGCUAUCGGACGCAACUUUGAGGAGGCCUUCCAGAAGGCGUUGCGUAUGGUUGAUGGCGCAGUUAAUGGUUUCGAUCCCGAUCAGCAUCCAUUGUGUAAGGAAGAGCUCACCGAGCCCACCGACAAACGACCUUUUGUCCUAGCCGCCGCGCUGAAAGCUAAUUAUGGCGUUGAAGAGUUGCAUCAGCUCACCAAAAUCGACAGAUGGUUCUUGAAUAAGAUGAAGCACAUUAUAGAGUUUCACAAUAAUUUAGAAGAGAUCGGUAAUACGCUCUCGGCCGCACAAAUCGUGUAUGCAAAACAAAUUGGUUUCUCCGAUAAGCAAAUUGCAGCUGCCAUUAAGAGCACCGAGUUAGCGGUGCGCAAGCAACGACAAGAGCUGGGCAUCAAACCUUACGUUAAGCAAAUAGAUACCGUCGCCGGCGAGUGGCCCGCUGCCACCAAUUACCUCUAUCUCACUUACAAUGCCAACGAACAUGACUUGGACUUCCCCGGCGGUUUCACAAUUGUAGUCGGCUCGGGCGUCUAUCGCAUUGGCUCAUCGGUCGAGUUCGAUUGGUGUGCGGUGGGUUGCUUGCGUGAGCUACGUAAUCUCGGCAGACCCACAAUAAUGAUCAACUACAACCCCGAGACGGUAUCUACCGAUUACGAUAUGUGCGAUCGUCUGUACUUUGAGGAAAUAUCCUUUGAGGUCGUUAUGGAUGUUUAUGAAAUUGAAAACUCUGAUGGCAUCAUACUCUCAAUGGGUGGCCAGUUGCCGAAUAAUAUUGCAAUGGAUCUACAUCGCCAACAAGCCAAAGUGCUCGGCACAUCCCCCGAAUCAAUCGAUAGCGCUGAGAACCGCUUCAAAUUCUCUCGUAUGUUGGAUCGCAAGGGCAUAUUGCAACCACGUUGGAAGGAAUUGACGAAUUUAAAGAGCGCUAUUGAAUUCUGUGAAGAAGCCGGCUACCCAUGUUUGGUGCGCCCAUCAUAUGUGCUCUCCGGUGCGGCUAUGAAUGUUGCUUACUCUAAUCAGGAUCUGGAGACUUACCUUAAUGCCGCGUCUUUGGUGAGCAAGGAACAUCCUGUGGUUAUUUCAAAAUUCUUAACGGAGGCAAAAGAAAUUGAUGUGGACGCUGUCGCAGCUGAUGGUGAGAUAUUGUGUAUGGCUGUUUCCGAGCAUGUUGAAAAUGCUGGCGUACAUUCCGGCGAUGCCACUUUGGUCACACCACCACAAGAUUUGAAUCAGGAGACACUCGAAACUAUUAAGCGUAUAACACGCGAUUUGGCUGCGUUGCUCGAUGUCACUGGUCCCUUCAACAUGCAAUUGAUUGCCAAGAAUAACGAGCUUAAGGUGAUCGAAUGCAAUGUGCGUGUCUCACGUUCCUUCCCGUUCGUCUCGAAGACUUUGGAUCAUGAUUUUGUGGCGACCGCAACACGCGCUAUUAUUGGCGUUGAGACAGAACCCGUGGAUGUGUUGCAUGGUGUGGGUAAGGUCGGUGUGAAAGUGCCACAGUUCAGUUUCUCGCGUUUGGCCGGCGCCGAUGUACAGUUGGGCGUAGAAAUGGCUUCCACCGGCGAGGUAGCGUGCUUUGGCGACAAUCGUUACGAGGCAUAUUUGAAGGCAAUGAUGUCUACCGGCUUUCAAAUUCCGAAAAAAGCUAUUCUCCUCUCUAUCGGCAGCUUUAAGCACAAAAUGGAAUUGUUAUCUUCCAUCCGAGAUUUGGCAAAGAUGGGCUAUAAACUUUACGCUUCUAUGGGUACGGGCGAUUUUUAUGCGGAACACGGCGUCGAUGUGGAGUCCGUGCAAUGGACAUUCGAUAGGCAAUCACCCGAGGACCCCAAUGGCGAACUGCGUCAUUUGGCUGAGUUUCUGGCUAAUAAACAGUUCGAUAUGGUCAUAAAUCUACCGAUGCGCGGUGGAGGUGCAAGAAGAGUCUCCUCCUUCAUGACGCACGGCUACCGUACACGUCGUCUCGCCGUCGACUACUCCAUACCGUUGGUAACGGAUGUGAAGUGCACCAAACUCUUGGUCGAAUCAAUGCGCAUCACAGGACGUCGUCCGGCCAUGAAGACACACACCGACUGCAUGACUUCGCGUCGUAUUGUCAAAUUGCCCGGAUUCAUCGAUGUGCACGUCCAUCUACGCGAACCGGGUGCCACACAUAAAGAGGACUUUGCCAGCGGCACUGCAGCUGCUUUGGCGGGUGGUGUAACACUCGUUUGCGCUAUGCCCAAUACAAAUCCUUCCAUCAUCGAUCGUAACAGUUUCCAGCUGUUCCAGGAUGCAGCCAAAGCAGGUGCACGUUGUGAUUAUGCGCUUUACGUGGGCGCUGCCGAUACCAAUUGGCAGCACAUUCAUGAGUUGGCAUCACAAGCUUGCGGUUUGAAAAUGUAUCUCAAUGACACAUUUAGCACACUGAAAAUGACCGAUAUGACUGUGUGGGAGAAACAUUUCCAAAAUUGGCCGAAACGUGCACCGAUUGUGUGCCACGCUGAGCGGCAAACUAUGGGUUCAGUCAUCCUCAUGGCACAUCUACUCGAUCGGCCCAUACAUAUUUGUCACAUUGCGCGCAAAGAGGAGAUUAUGCUAAUACGAGCGGCAAAAGAGAAGGGUAUACGUGUCACCUGCGAGGUUUGUCCACACCACUUGUUCCUCUCCACCGAUGAUGUGCCGGCAAUCGGUGAUGGACGUGCAGAGGUGCGUCCUGUGUUGUGCUCGCCCGAAGAUCAACAAGCAUUGUGGGACAACAUGAACUAUAUUGAUGUAUUUGCCACAGAUCAUGCGCCGCAUACGUGGGAGGAGAAGAACUCCGAAAAACCGCCACCAGGCUUCCCCGGCUUAGAGACGAUACUACCGUUGUUGCUGAAAGCGGUCGACGAUGGUCGUCUUACACUAGAAGAUAUACAGAAUAAAUUCUACCGCAACCCAAAACGCAUAUUCACACUACCCGAUCAGCCCAACACAUACAUUGAGGUGGACUUGGAUGAGGAAUGGACUAUAAAUAGAGAAGAGAUGCAUUCCAAAGCGAAGUGGACGCCAUUUGAAGGCACAAAGGUGAAGGGUAAGGUGCAUCGUGUUGUGUUGCGUGGCGAGGUCGCUUUCAUUGAUGGUGAGGUACUGGUACAACCUGGUUUCGGCCAGAAUGUGCGCGCUCAAUAUGUGCGCAAGUCACUGUUGCAGCAAUCAAUGGAAUCACUGGAAAUAAGCGCGUCAACGGAUGGACUAGAUAAGCCGCACGACCGUAGUGUCGACUUCCUCACCGAUUCACAAGCCAAUGAGGCUUUCACCAAACUCUUAGCGGAGCCACCGUCGAAGGUGCACUUCGCAGGCGAUCCCACUUUAUUGCGUCCCAUUUCGCCGCUGCCACGUAUACGUUGUGACUCGUCUAGUAACUCCACGCUCCGUGACCUAUUACCUAAAACUUAUCACUCCGUCGCACCGAUCAGCCCGAUGGCACACAGCUUGCUCAAUAAGCACAUACUCUCCGUUGACAUGUUCUCCAAGGAACAUUUGAAUGAAAUCUUCAAUUUGGCUCAAAUGCUCAAGAGUCGUGUGGCCAAAGAUCGUCCUUUGGAUGAUAUCCUGCGCGGCAAGAUCAUGGCUUCGAUAUUCUAUGAGGUGAGCACAAGAACCAGUUGUUCUUUCGCCGCUGCCAUGCAACGUCUGGGCGGACGCGUUAUAUAUAUGGAUCAGACCAGCUCAUCGGUGAAGAAGGGCGAAACACUGGAAGACAGUAUCGCUGUAAUGGCUGGCUAUUCAGAUGUGAUUGUCUUGCGUCAUCCCGAGCCAGGUGCAGUUGGGCGCGCGGCGAACCACUCACGCAAACCUAUUCUCAAUGCCGGCGAUGGCGUAGGUGAGCAUCCAACACAAGCUCUGCUGGAUAUCUUUACUAUUCGUGAGGAAAUUGGUACUGUGAAUGGCCUCACCAUUACCAUGGUUGGUGAUUUGAAACAUGGCCGCACAGUUCAUUCUUUGGCACGCCUUCUCACGCUCUACAAUGUCACUUUACAAUAUGUGAGUCCUCCAAAUCUUGGCAUGCCGGAGGAUAUCAUGCGCUACUUGGCUACCAAGGGAGUUUUGCAGAAGACUAUGAACUCGAUGGAAGAGGCUUUACCGACUACAGAUGUCUUGUACAUGACUCGCAUACAAAAGGAGCGUUUCGCCACCGAAGAGGAAUAUCAAAAGGCUUGCGGUCACUUCGUUGUCACACCGAAACUGAUGACGCUGGCCAGCCGUCGUACCAUCGUUAUGCAUCCGCUGCCACGCGUGUUCGAGAUCAGCAAAGAAUUCGAUUCGGAUCCGCGUGCUGCCUACUUCCGUCAAGCGGAGUACGGUAUGUAUGUGCGUAUGGCGCUGCUGGCAAUGGUUGUUGGUUUGCGGAAUUGA